CCUCUUGCAUUUCUACAGACAUCUUUGUUUGAUAGAAAAAUUACCAGUUACCGUGGUAACAUGCAGUAUCUAACACAGUAAAGAAGAUUGGCUUACAUGGAGAGCUGACAUCCUGUUGUUUUAGAAUGGGCUCUAUUGUGGGGAGAUUGCAAGCCUUAUGGAGGGGCUGGGGGACGAGCAAAGAUACAGCUGAACACACAGACGAGGUUUAUCAAAAAUUUGUGGCAGAUGUUGUGGAAGCGGUGAAAAAGGGAAAUUUGGAGAGGCUGGUGGAGCUUCAGAGUGUAGCCAGUGAAAUGAAGUAUGGUGGCAUUGAGGUGGUGUCCACCACUCCACCACUGCUCCACAUUGCCACAACAUAUGAUCAUGCACACGUUAUCAAAUACCUCCUUGAUUUGGGUGUGGAUAUUGACGCCACAGACACCAGCGACAUGACGGCCCUACACGAAGCCUGCAAGAUAAAGACCCACAACUGUUUCCUGGAAUUGUUCAGCCGGUCAAAAUACAUCGACAGACGGGACAUAUGGGGCAGGACACCGUUGUUGAAAGCUUUGAUUUAUAGAAAUGUCAAGGCUGUCAAGCUGCUGCUAGAGAGGGGAGCUAAUCCUAAUGUUCUUGAUAUUUACGGCAUGACCCCAGUCAGCACUGCUAUAGACUACGAUAUGAUUGAUAUUUUACGUGUCCUGGUGAACCAUGGGGCUGAUAUCAACUUGGUCACACAACACCUCUACAAGUGCUCCGGCCCACCCCUGUACCAGGCGGUCAACAAUCAAAACCCGGACAUCGUCAAAGAACUCAUUGACCUGGGCGCCGCCACGCAGCCCAGACCCCAGCACUACUGCAGCAACCGCAACCUCAACAAACCCUGGCACUACGUCGGCGGUCAGCAGUCCUCUCUCCCCGCCCUCAACCACCACAACGUCGUCAUCAUGGCCAUGGCGGAGUUGGUCAAACGAGGCAGUGCCAGCAUUGAUGCCACUGGCCCUGGGAUGGAGAUUCUAAUGGAGUUAGUCGCGGCUCAUGGGUACCCCCUCGGCUCCUGCUCGGACAUUUUAGUGCGCGUGUUCAUGAACUCCACCCCGGCAGACUUCACCAAAUUACAUCACAAACUACAGGUGUGUUCCAGCAGUCUUCAGGAGCAUUUACUCUCCGGGGUCAACGACCGGCCCACGCCGCGCCCUCAGCAUCUUCAACAGAUGGACCACCACCUGCGUGGUGUGGGCCGCGGGCCGCGGACCACGCCCAGUUUUGUCAUGUCGCUUGAAAACCAAGCCCGUCGUGUGGCCAGACAGGCCAUGAUGGCCUCGGGCCACAAUGUUGUCUGGGCCACAAAAAGACUUCAGUGCCCACCGGCUCUUAAAAGUAUUUUGCUUUUGAAGGACAUUGACAGGGCAUAUUGCCCAAGUAAACCUUCCAGAAUCUCAUCUGACAGCAGCUCAGUGCCUACACUCCUACUGACAGAUAGCUAACACAUCAAAACUGACAUUUCAAGUUUUUUUUUUUUUACUAACAGACCCGGUUAAUUCAAUGACAUCAAGUGACAUCAGAUUUUAAUACAAAUAAUAUUUAUGAGAUCAAUAAAAUAUU